GGCGGCGAGCCCAGGUCGGACUUCCUUGGAGCCUGGCGGUCAGCAACUAACCCACCUUCGACUCCAGCUCUCUGCUCUGCUCCGCGCCUUCCGGAGCCCCGGACCCGAGCACCAUGUGGAAACGCUGGCUGGCGCUAGCUCUGGUGGCCGUCGCCCUGGUCCGCGGAGAGGAAGAACCGAGGAGCAAAUCCAAGAUCUGCGCCAAUGUGUUCUGUGGAGCUGGCCGGGAGUGUGCAGUCACAGAGAAGGGGGAGCCCACGUGCCUCUGCAUUGAGCAAUGCAAACCUCACAAGAGGCCUGUAUGCGGCAGUAAUGGGAAGACCUACCUCAACCACUGUGAACUUCACAGAGACGCCUGCCUCACUGGAUCCAAGAUCCAGGUGGAUUAUGAUGGACACUGCAAAGAAAAGAAGUCUGUGAGUCCCUCUGCCAGCCCAAUUGUCUGCUAUCAAGCUAACCGCGAUGAGCUCCGGCGUCGCAUCAUCCAAUGGCUGGAGGCUGAGAUCAUUCCAGAUGGCUGGUUCUCGAAAGGCAGCAACUACAGUGAGAUCCUGGACAAGUACUUUAAGAACUUUGAUAAUGGUGACUCUCGCCUGGACUCCAGCGAAUUCCUGAAAUUCGUGGAACAGAAUGAAACAGCCAUCAACAUCACCACUUACGCUGAUCAGGAGAACAACAAGCUGCUCAGAGGACUCUGCGUCGAUGCUCUCAUCGAGCUGUCUGAUGAGGACGCUGACUGGAAACUCAACUUCCAGGAGUUCCUCAAGUGCCUCAACCCCUCCUUCAACCCUCCUGAGAAGAAGUGUGCCCUGGAGGAUGAAACCUACGCAGACGGAGCCGAGACCGAGGUAGACUGUAACCGCUGUGUCUGCUCCUGUGGACACUGGGUCUGCACCGCAAUGACCUGUGAUGGAAAGAAUCAGAAGGGGACCCAGACCCAGACAGAAGAGCAGAAGACCAGAUAUGUCCAGGAACUCCAGAAGCACCAGGAAACAGCUGAGAAGACCAAGAAGGUAAACACCAAAGAAAUGUAACAAGAAGCACACAGCGCCGUGUCUGGAGCCCAGCACCUCUUCAGCGCUGAGUCCGGUACACACGAGCAUCUGCUGCGAUCACCAAACCACCAGUAUUUGCUUGUCUGGCAAUGAAUAUUAUUUCGUUUGUUUUGCAAAUGAAGGAAAUGAGGGUGCUGGCUAGUGAGGGAAGGCCAUGACCUUCAUUUCUAGGAGUGCUUGAAGAGAAACUAAAGGGUGCUGUGGGGCCGGAGGCGAGUAAGGCAGCUGCAUCAGGCUGGCAGAGGAGCAGGCGCGGGUCUGAACGAACCCUUCCUGGGGUCACAGCUGAGCGGAGGCCACAGGGAAAGCAUGUGAUGUUGUGGGGAGGACUGAGCUGGCUCUGCUGAAGGAAGGGAGGAGCCCUGCUGCCCGGACCCUGUCACCACUGUCGCAUGCAGCAUGUCUGCUGCCCCUCUUGGUCCCAACAAUCACCUGAAUACACAGCCACCCCACUAGUUACCUGUGCCCCUCAGAUUUGGAUGGAGUUUCCAGGAGGUUGUGUUUAAAUGAUGCAGAUACUUAGUGUACUUCAAGCGCCAUGGAGACCUAACCAAAAUUUUAAAAUACAUUUUUUUUUUUACCAAAGGUGCUAUUUCUCUGUAAAAGACUUUUUUUUUUGCAAGCUGACUUCAUUCCUCAAUUAUUAUCAUUAUAUUAUUAUUGUCAUUUUUUUUAGUAUCUUUUUCUUGACUAGAUAUUAAGCUUUCGUAAUUAUUUUUUUCAGUAGUCCUACUGUUUCAAAGGUGAAAGGGGGUUGGGAGCUUUUCUUGAUACAGGGAACUCUGUAGCAUAAAUGGCCCCUUCCCCUGCCACACACUAAACUAGAGGCACCCCAGAGCUGUACCGCCCACCCCUGGCAUCCAGAAGCAUGCCAAGAAGCAUGAGAUCGAUGCCUCAGACAAGCCAUAGGACGAAGCAUCUUCAUAGACAGUUGUUGAGAUCCUUUCAGGUAGCUGGGGUGAGGACUUCAUGGGUCAGUCUGCCCAGGAAGAGAGCAUGAAGGAAAACCCCCACCCUUCUCCACAUGGUGCACGUGAGUGCGGUCUCUAGUUGGAGUCAGAGAUUUCCCCAUACAGAUGAAGGCAGAAGUUUUCAGAUUUGAAAACAGUUGAAAAUGAGGACUGAAUCUUGGCACAGGGAAGGUGGGGGAGCCACACACAACUCAGUUAUUGCAAGUCCAUUCUUUCUUUGGACCUCUGAUUCUUUAACUCCCUUAUUACCAUGUUUCAUGUGCACUUAACAUCCCCCACACACAAAAAAAUGAGACCCUUAUCUCAUUUGCAAAACUCAAACUAUAGACCCUGCAGGUAAAGUAUUGAGGUUUUCCCGCACAGACAACUGUGGAAAGUCGGGAUGGGAGGGAUCCCUCCUGGAUAGUUUCCCUGCUCUCUUGCGAAAGGAGACGACUCUGUUGCCGAGUGUUCUGAGCUUUUCUGUACCAUCCCAUUCAAAAACUCUGUGAGCCCCUGGUGCAGUCUGGAUUUAACUCCCUCUCCAAGUGCCUUGGAGAACUCACAGCAGCAGCAGCAUGCCUUAACCAAAAGUUUUGCCAGUUCUUGGAUAUGAUGGGGGAGGGCAGGAUUAUCAGUUUGCUGAAGGCAAGCAGCUAUAGUACCUGUUCACCAGUCAUCUUCAGCACAGUGCUUUUCAACCUUGACUAUCCCACCCCGGAACACUGAAUACCCAAGGGCAAGCCCACGUUCCUCUUGAGUCCGCUACUUCUGUAUACAUAAGGCGGCUGUUGUCUGCAGCACCAUAGAUUAUGUGGUGCCUAAACCAUUCAUGAAAAGCUGCUAAGUAGCCUAGUUUGGGGAGCCUUAGGUAGAGCUUGGCAUGGGGUCAACAAGCAGGAUUGCAUCCAGUUCGGUUCCUACAGUCCUCCAGAAGCCUGUAGGCCACGGCUGCAAGCUCCUUGGGCUGUGUGUGUGUGUCUUUAAUACACAGCAGUGUCUCUUAAAGAUUCAGAGCCCAGGGAGGCCUUCCCAUAUACAAAUGCCAGGACCAUGGAUUCUGCUGUCAGUCUUGGGAAAGCAGGCUCCUCCAUCUACAGCCAAGUCCAUGUGAACAGUCUGAAUUCCUUCGUUAUACCCAUGAUCUAAAUGUUAAACUUCAGGAAACAGUUUCAACAGCUUUCUGGUGCCCGUGUGGUUAUGAAAAUGCGUUUGUAUUUAGUGUGCUUCCAUAGUUUCAUUUAACUUGUUUUUGUAAUUUCUGAUUUUUGUUACUAUUAAUAAAUAAAACUAAAAUCA